AUGGCGACGAUGAACUCUGUGUUGUCACCUGAUCAACCUCCCAUUAACUGCCGUAGCAGCUCGACCGGCCCCUGCCUGGACAUCGAGAACCUCCUUGAUCCCGAGCUCAAAAAGAGGCUUGGGGAACCACUGGAGCGACCACUCAGGGCCGCGCGGCCCCAGAGCCCACACGAGGCACAGUUGAUGAGUGAGCUGUACGCCCGCAUCGCCCAAAAAUGCGGCAAGCCCCUCCUGGAUGAGGUUGCAGGUACGUCUCACGCCGAGAAGAAAUGGGAAUUUCAGCAAAAUGUGACCCGGGUAUGA